AUGAAAUAUAUAUGGGUGUUAUACCUGUUGACAUUAUUGGUCACUUAUUCGGUAGGACACAAGCAUCAUCAUCAUGAAGAAGGACAUGAGGAGGAUGGCGGCCAUAAACAUCAUGAAGAUCAUCAUGAAAAAAAAGGACAUAAAGGAGAUAAAGGUCAUAAGGGUGAACAUCAUCAUCAUCACGGAGAUAAAAAGCAUUAUGAGGAAGAUGAUCAUCAUAAACAUUAUGAAGAAGAUGGUGGACACAAGAAAAAACAUUGGGACGAAGAUGAAGACUAUGGUGAGCAUCACGAACAUAAAAAGCACCAUAAAGGUGGAAAACAUCACCACAAAAAGGGGCACAAAAAAGGACAUAAGACCACUGGAUAUCACAAAAAAGCGCAUAAAGACGAAUAUAAAAAAGAGCACAAAUUUUGGGAUGAUGACGAGAAAGGUGGACAUCAUAAAAAACAUGGCAAAGGUCACGAAUAUCACGAAGAUCAUCAUGGGGAACACAAAAAGGGUGAACAUCAUGACUCUGCUUUUAAAAAAGGACAUAAAGGGGAAAAAGGGCAUUAUGAUAAAGGACAUUUUGAUGACGAGCAUAAAGGGCAUAAAGGUCAUCACGGUCAUGAUGAACAUCAUCAUCAUCAUGAGCAUUAUGGUAAAAAAGGAGGUAAAAAACAUGGUCAUGAACAUGGGUUUAAAAAAGGAAAACAUUAG